UGGAUCCCGGGCGCCCCUGAGUGCACAGAUUGCUUCCGCUUGAGCUUGUCAUGCCUACUGUCAGUCUGUCGCAUCCGAGGAAGGCUGGCGAAAGUAUGAUGGACCCACUCCGUAGACACUUCGGCUCGUUUUGGGGUUUGGCGGGUGCCUGCCACAGCGGCGGCGUGGUUGCGGCGGUCGCCGCGCGGCUGCGGCGGACCUCCGCUGGCCCCUGCGGCGGCCGAGUGGGCUCUGACGUCGACUGAGCUCAGAAGGGACGCCUGGGGUCAAUGCUGGCCAGCACGGCGGUGCGAUGGUUGCCCCAAGAUUUUGUGGAGGCAUCCCAGGCUGGUGGCAUCUUCACACUGUCGGCGUACGCCUUGAUGUUUCUCGUGGUCGUCUCGGAGGUCGGAUCCUUUGUCGAGCCCCUGCACUCUUCUGCGUAUCAUACCCUGCUCACGAUGAGCGCGUACGACGAAGGAGCGCUUCGGAUCAAUUUCGACGUGCAGCUGUAUGACAUCGAGUGCCGACACCUGAAGGUGUCCGUGCUCGCGCGUGGCACGGAGGAGAACCUGGCCCAGAGGCGGGAAUACGUGCUGCGGCCCGUGCACACGGACGGGAAGGUGGUCCGCUUUGGCGGCGGCGCCCGGACUCAGCGCUACAGCGACGACGGGGACGACGACGCUGGCGAGGUACAGCACAGGAAAGGGAUGGAGAAGGUGAUCGCCGAGGACGGCGAAGCAGAGCUGGACUCCGACUGGAGCAGCUCGCACGACGGUUUCAGGCACCAGAGCUUCGAGCACGUGGUCCAGGCGCACGACUUCACCUUCAUAAACUUUUUCGCCGGCUGGUGCAGCCACUGCCAGAAGUUCGCACCGACCUGGGCAUCUUUAGCCAAUACCGUCAACGAGAAAGAGUUCAAGGACGCCGGCGACCACACUCGAAAGGUCCGCAUGAUAAAGCUGAAUUGCGUAGAUUUUAGGGAACAAUGCCAGCACUUGGGCAUCGACGCGUACCCAACACUCCGGCUGUACAACGCCGAGGGGAAUUUUUCGCUCUAUGAGGGCGGGCGGAACGAGCGUGAGCUGCUGCUCUGGGUAGAAAAGGCGGUGAAAAGAGCAAAGCGUACGCGUGGGUCUCGCACCACGAGGAGUUCGAGAGGGGAUGCGUCGUCAGGGGCACUCUCGACGUCCCUCGCCAGCCGGGGCACCUGGAGCUCGCGGUGGGCGGGGGCGACCAGGACCUCAACACAGGAUGACCAAUGUUUCGCAUCUGGUGAAGCACUUCGCCUUCUCCGAUGUGGUCGACGGCAAGCGUUAUGCGAAGGGGUGGAAAAACUUUCCCAAGGAUGUCGUCGAGUAUAUCAGCCCGAUCGACUCGAAGGAUUUUGUGACCACGGACUUCCACCAGGCUUGGAUCCACGAUAUGCAAGUGGUGCGCACGGUGAACGUCGACGAGAAAGUAGCCUAUCAGAUUAGCCACCAGAAGCGGCUGAUCAAAUUGGAAGAGGACGACAUCCCCCAGCUUCAGUUCCACUACGACAUAGAGCCCUACUCCAUACGGAUCAAGCGCGACCCGAGGAAGUGGUACGACUUCGUCACCACCCUGAUGGCGAUGCUCGGGGGGUCGUUUGUGGUGAUGCGGUUGGCCACGACAAUCUCGCUGGGCAUCCAUUCGGCGGCAACUCCGCGAAGCAAGAGUGGAAACGGGCUUAGCUUUUGAAGACCCUGCCGGGCGCCCCUGCCGGCACGUGGUGCGAGAAUGGCCGGACUGCCGACUGGCAGCGUUGUUCCUCCCCGUUUCCCUUCCCGGAUGGUGCCCUUCGUCCUAGUGGUCGUCCUCGUGCUGCCUCUCCUCGGUGAGAUCGCCCCGUUCCGCCGCUCGCCCGCGCCCGCCCGAGGCGCGAGGCUGGAAGCUCACGGGAAGAGUACGCCGUUUGGUCGCCACUGGCCAGCGCUGCUUGGCUCGAGGGUCCUCGACGAAGCUCCCCCUAUGCCUUCCACGCUCCCCUCUCUCUCCCUCUCGCCCUCUUCUCCCUCCGCUCUCCUCGCCCCCUCCCGCAUCGCCUCCUCCCCUUCUCCCCCGCCUUGGGGGUCG